CUGAGGGUAUAUAAAUUGUUUUCCUCGUAUCUUCUCCUCUACGGUCUACCCCACCACCAGCCAGCACAAAACCCUUACCCAGCCAAAACCCCAUUUCCUUACAGUCUUCCCUUUACCGGGCUUUCUUGGACAACAAUGGUGGCCGGCAACGGAAAGAAAUCCAAGCUCAAUGAAGAGCAGCAACACCCUCCUGCUGACCAGAUUGAUGCGGAGCUUCAACUCUCACUCGAGAAGUUAAAAGACGUCCAGGAUGAGCUCGACAAGAUCCAUGAAGAAGAGAGUGACGAAGUAUUGGCAAUUGAACAGAAGUAUAACGAAGUUCGCAGACCCGUCUACCUCAAGAGGAAUGAGCUCAUCAAGACUAUGCCUGACUUCUGGUUGACGGCUUUCAUGAGUCAUCCUGCUCUUGGUGAUCUCCUGACUGGUGACGACGACCAUGAGAUCUUAAAGUAUGUGGAGUCCCUUGAUGUUGCUGAUUUCAAGGAUCUGAAAACUGGCUACUCCAUCACAUUUAAUUUUAAGGAGAAUCCUUAUUUCCAUGACACAAAGCUGACAAAAACCUUCAAUUUCUCGGAUGAUGGCACAACUAAGAUAACUGGUACAGACAUCAAGUGGAAGGAAGGCAGGGACCCUGCCAAAAAUGGAGUUGAUGAUGAGAAAAAGAAGGGAAACAAGCGACCUUGGACUGAGACGAGCUUUUUCGGUUGGUUUGGUGAAACUGAGCAGGACAUCUCCGAACUUCAGGAUGAUGUGUCGGAGAUAAUCAAGGAGGAUCUGUGGCCGAAUCCCCUGAAGUACUUCAACAUGGACGCUGAUGAAGAGGAUUCUGAUGAAGAUGAGGAGGAAAGUGGUGAUGAUGGUGACGAGGAAGAUGAUGCAGGCGAAGAUGGCGUCAAGGAAGAGUAGUGGAGCUUUAAGCUCCCACCAGUUAGUUCAUUUAGUUGAGCAUUAGCUUUCUUUACAGACUCUGGAGAAGCAUUAUGAGUUAGGAUUUAGGAAAUGCUGGAAGUUCAGUAGAGUAGUUGCUUUGUGAAGCUACAGCAGUUUGCGUAUAUUUGGAACCCUUGUAUGCUGGAUCAUUACAAUAGCGACCGUCAUGCUUUAUUUCUAUAUCAAGUUUUGC